AUGGCCAACCGAGGCAACGAUAUCCCACUACAGACGGUGGUUAGUCACACACCGUCGCCCACAUCAGAGGAGAAGCAGUCAGAGAAGAGCGGCAUGUUCAAUGGCUUGUCUACGAGAGGACGUAGGCAGCUGGCCAAGGUUGACUCAAGGACUGGCGCGCCGCUGCCACCUCACGAUGUUGCUGGGCACGAGGAGACGGCUCUUAACAAGAUGGGCCGUCUCUACACCAAGAUCCUAAACUUUAGUAUUGUCACGCGUUACAUGCUCUAUGUUGCGCCAGUCGCUCUUCUGCUGGCCAUUCCUAUCAUUCUUUCGCAGACGAAGGUCAUCACUGGAAGCAUUGGCGGCACCGAUCAGAGGAGAUUCUGGAUCUGGAUUGAAAUCAUCUGGCUCAGUUUCUGGGUGAUGAAGAUUGUCGCCCAUUUCCUUCCAAACUUGUUCGAAUUCCUCAUUGGUGUGGUCAGUCCCGGUGUCAAGAAGUAUGCUCUGCUUCUGCGCGCUGUAGAGAAGCCUCUGUCCUUCGUUCUCUGGAUGAUUGUUAACCAGGCGACGUUUCCCGGACUUGUUGUCGUAACGGACAAAUAUAGAAAGGAUAACGCUGGCGCAACCCCAGGGUGGUAUGGCAAGAUGCAGUCGGUGCUUCUUGCUUUACUGGUCUGCACUGUUAUCAUCCUCGCCGAGCGCGUCUUGAUCCAGUUGAUUAGUAUCAGCUAUCACCGCAAGCAGUUUGACCAGAAGAUUCAGGAGUCGAAGCGCAGCAUUUAUCUGCUGGGUGUUCUUUACGACGCAUCCCGAGCACUGUUUCCAGCCUACUGCAACGAGUUCGCCGAGGAGGAUUACACUAUCCAAGAUACGCUUCUUGAUCUUCUUCCAGGCAGCAAGAAGGGCACGUCGAAGAAAGGUCGCUCCGGCACACGUACCCCCAUGCGCCUCGUUCAGGAAGUCGGUCGCGAUGUUGGUCGCAUCGGAGACAAGGUCACCUCUGUCUUUGGUACGAUCGCCUCUGAGAUCACCGGUAAAAAGGUGUUCGACGUCAAUUCCGCCCAUUCUAUCGUCCUCACUGCCUUGGAAAGGAACCGUUCCGCCGAAGCUCUGGCGAAGCGUAUUUGGAUGUCUUUCGUGGUCGAGGGCAAGAACGAACUGUACCAGGAAGAUCUCGUCGAGGUUAUGGGUCCUGGACGCGCAGAGGAAGCCGAGGAGUGUUUCGCAUCGCUCGAUCGUGACGGCAACGGCGACAUCAGUCUGGAUGAGAUGAUUCUCACCGUGACAGAAGUCGGCAGACAGCGCAAGUCUAUCAACACCAGCAUGCACGACGUCGAUGCUGCCAUCAACGCGCUUGACGGCCUGUUGUUCACCAUAGUCUUCAUCGUCUGUAUCUUCGUCUUUGUCGCCUUCCUCAGCCCUAGUUUCGUCGGGACCCUGACGACGUCUGCCACGGCUCUUCUGUCUCUGUCUUUCGUCUUCGCCACGACCGCUCAAGAGAUUCUCGGUUCCUGCAUCUUCUUAUUCGCAAAGCACCCGUACGAUAUCGGUGAUCGCGUCGACAUCACUUCGGAGCAGCUCACUGUCGAACACAUCGCUCUACUCUACACAGUUUUCAAGCGUGUUGCUAACGGCAAGACGGUCCAAAUUCCCAACAUCGUGUUGAACACUCUCUGGGUUGAGAACAUCACACGAAGCAAGUCCAUGCGCGAGCAGGUCUCUGUCUUCUGCGACUUCGGCACUUCAUUUGAGGACAUACACCUUCUCAAGCUUGAGAUGCAGUCUUUCCUCCGUGAUCCUGCCAACAGCCGCGACUUCCACCCUGAUACCGAUAUCGAGGUUGUCAGCAUUGCCGAGAUGAACAAGCUUGAGCUCAGGGUCGAGAUCCGCCACAAGAGCAACUGGUCAAACGAGUCCCUUCGUGCAUCUCGACGAUCGAAGUUUAUGUGCGCUUUGGUCGUUGCCCUGCGUAAGGUCCCAAUCAAUGGCCCAGCUGGUGGAGACGCCGCCUUGGGCUCAGCAGACAAGCCAACAUGGUCUGUCAGCGUUCCGCCGGCCGAGGCGCGUGAAGCGUAUCAGGCGUACAAGAUGAACGCCGACAAGGGCCGAAUGAUACCUUUGAAUAAGCCCGAGGACCCUAACAACAAGGGCAAGUCUACAGGCAACGACUAUCUCGGUGUCGGAGUGCAGAGUGAGGACUUUGCUAUCAACUCCUUAACCAACCGUAGGCCGGGAGUUGACACUGUCCGCGACGAUACCUGGAACGCUCGUGACGAUGUUAGCACCCUCGGACGACCCAGCACCGAUGCCCGACCUGAUCUGAACGAGGUUAAGAGCUUGCUACACAAGGCCAGCUCAGCCGGAAAGCGCAAGGGAGGCGCCACUCUCUCACCAUACGCCACACGACCAUCAACUGACUUCAACCGACCACCGCCACUUCCUCUUUCGGUAAACCCUUCACAGUCGAACUACAGCAACCAGUACGCCUCGCCACCUCAGCCUCUCCACUCAACCGCAUCUGUGCACCGCAGCACGGCGCCGGGAUCGCCAAACUCGAUCUCGACUGGUCAGAUUGAGGAGUACCAGUUUCAGACCAUGGUACCACCGCCAAGGUCUAACAGCCGACCGCGCGUCGCUAUGACUGCGGAGGAGCGCGAGCGUGAGCAGGAAGAGGAGGGCAGGUCGCCAUACGGGGCAUCCGGUCCCAGCGCCUCAAACAACCCUUACAGGUCACAGAGUCCACCCGUCGAGCGCUUUCAGUACAAGAGGGAGUAA